GGCAUAAGCAUUUGACAACCACAGUAGCAGACAAGGUACACAAAAGAAAGGUAUAUAACUUUGUUCCACAAUAUGAGUACUUUGGUAUUUGACAAUGGGUCAGGGGUGACUAAAGCUGGAUUUGCAGGACACGAUGGCCCGAACAUGGUGUUUCCUACGCUUGUUGGCAGACCACGACACCAGGGAAUACUUGUUAGUCAGGAUCAGAAGGAUCACUAUGUCGGUGAUGAAGCUCAAAGUAAACGAGGUAUAUUGACUCUCAAUUACCCCAUCGAACACGGCAUAGUGACCAACUGGCAGGACAUGGAAGCAUUAUGGCACUAUACGUUCUACGACGCGCUAAAAGUUGCCCCGGAGGAACAUCCGAUCUUGCUGACGGAGGUAGCGCUCAACCCGAAUGUAAACCGGGAGGAAACUGCACAGACUAUGUUCGAAAAAUUCAACAGUCCCGCUGUGUGCAUUGUAACUCAAGCACUUUUGUCUCUAUACGCUACAGGGAGAACUACUGGCACUGUGCUGGAGUCGGGAGACGGCGUCACCCACGCUGUGCCGAUACAUGAAGGCUAUGCUUUACCAAACGCCACCAUUAGAUUGGAUAUAUCAGGGCGUGAUCUGACGGACUACCUUAUGAAGAUUCUGACAGAGAGAGGAUACUCAUUUACUACGACGGCUGAACGGGAGAUCGUGCGAGACAUAAAAGAAAAGUUGUGUUUCGUCGCAUUGGAUUAUGAGAAAGAACUGGCCACUGCUGGAGCACAGAUCGAGAAGAUCUAUGAGCUCCCGGAUGGACAAGUCAUCUCCAUUGACAAAGAGAGAUUCAGGUGUCCAGAGACAUUGUUUCAACCAGCCUUCAUAGGUUUAUUUCUCGUUAAGCGUGCUUGCAUUACACCCUUGUUAAAAAAACCAUCAUUGAAUGCUGAAGAACUUUCAAAUUUUAGACCCAUUUCUAAUCUUCCAUUUCUUGGAAAGGUCAUUGAAACGGUGGCAUCCAAUCAGCUACAAUCAUAUCUUAACAGCAAUGGUUUAUUCGCUUCCAGACAAUCGGCCUAUCGACAAAACCAUAGUGUGAAAUCUGCUCUUCUUUAUGUCCAGAACGAUAUUCAGAUUGCACUUGACAACCGUAAUGAGGUUCUAAUGAUCCUUUUGGAUUUCAGUGCUGCUUUCAAUACUAUCGAUCAUAAGCAGUUACUAAAUCGUCUAUCUUCGCGUUAUGGUAUCUCUGGUAUCGCCCAUCAAUGGUUUGCAUCAUAUCUAGAGAAUAGGUCUCAGUCAGUCGCUUUCAAGGAUGUUCUGUGA